UUUGCUAUUGUUAGAUAUACACAUAAAUCCAACGUCAAAGAUCCAAACAUUGAUGGGAAUUUCAUUGGUUUGAUCUGGGCUAUUUUAGCAUUAGGUCAAUUUAAAUUCAAUGGUUUUAUAAAUGAAGAAAGUAAAAUAUUGAGUUUAAAUUGUGCUAGAAACUCAGUUAUUGCAUUAGAAACAACAACAACUUCCACUAUUGAGACUAUUCAAUCAAUGCUAUUAUUAGGUUUAUUUUACUAUGAGAUUGGUGAAUGGGAUUCAGCAUGGGUUUUAACUUCAAGUGCUUCAAGAAUGGCUGUCGAUACAAGAUUGAUGAUUAAUAACAAUCAAAAAUUGAUGGAACAUGAGAUUAAAUUGAGAGAAAGAACUUGGAGUGGUGUUUAUUUGUUGAAUUUGCUUUUGAGUUUAAGAUUAGGGAGAUCUCCUGUUGUUAGAAAAGCUGAUUAUCCAAUUCCAAAGAUUUCUGAAGAUGAUUGGGAAGAAUGGGAUGGUUGGACUGAAUUUCAAAUUGAAAAUUAUGAGAACCUAACUUUGGCUAACAAGAAACCAUUAAAGUUAGAAAGUGCAAGAUGUUUAAGUGUUCAUAAUAAGUUAUUAGAACUGGCAUCCUUAUUGAAUCUGAUUGUUACAAGUUAUAUUGAAUAUAAUGAGAAUCUUGAUCAAACAGGGUUUUAUAAAAAUGAUCAUCAUAGAUUGUUAAAUACAAAUCCUGAAGUUUUCACAUUUGGUACUUAUACCAUCAAUCCAAAUGAAACAAUUGCCGUUUCUGCUAUUGAAGAUGAAUUACUUGAAUGGUUUAAAUCAUUACCCCCACAUUGUCAAAUAAAUGAUGACACAUCAGAUGAAGAGGAAAAUGGGAAGAUUCCACACUUUGUUGCUUUGAUUCAUUUAUUUUAUCAUUUGAGUUGGGGUUUAUUAGCUCUCAAAGUUUUGGAUAUCAAACAUAUUGAUGCAAGUGACACAAUCAAAGUAUUAAACCAUCUAAAUGUUAAUGUUCAUUUUGCGAAAUCUUUGAAGAGUAUUAUUGAAAUUUUGCAAAGAUUUAAUGUGAAAAGUUUGGUUCUCUCAAUUCCUUAUAUUGAUUAUUUCCUUAGUGUUCCUUUCAAGCUGAAUGAUGUUUUGGACAAAGAUUAUGCUAGUGAAAUCAUGGAUAUCUUGCAACAAGCUAGUACAAUUUCCCCUAGUUGCUUAGUGACUUAUAACAUUCUGAAGAUAAUGCAACAACAAGACCAAAAUAAGAGAUCAUUAAUGGCAACUUAUAAAGAACAACAGCAAUCACAUCAUCAACCAAUUCCAGCGGAAACACUAGCUCAAGGUACUUCAGAUUCGGAACUUUUGAAUAGUUUCAAACAAGCUAGUGGGAUGAACUCAUUGAAGCAUACACCCACACCAGACUUGCAACAAAGAUCAUAUUUUGCAAGACCACAAUCCACCAGCUUUAAACCAAUCUCUAGUUUCAAUUCACCAAAUCCAUCAGGAACAACAGCAACAUCUACAGAUCCAUCAACAAUGAUAAAUGAUUUAGAUAGUUUUUUGAUAGAUAUUGGACCAUCAAACAAGGGUGAAAACAAGAUGAAACAGUUUAUAAAGAACCUGGGAUAUGUUGGUAAUUCGAAAUCAUCGAUUUAUGAUCAUGUUACAACACCUCAAAUUGCAUCAUCAUCAUCAACAGGAGCAAUGGGCACAAUGGGUACUGCAUUAAAUGAAAAUUUAGCAUUCACACCUGGUGAGAUUGAAAGUAUUGGACUUCAUGAGUACUUGGAGCAUAUGGCAGCAUCAAAUAGUAAAAAGAGGUAG